AUGAAAAAUGCCUUUCUCCCGUCGGAGACAACAGCCCCGUGAUCUCAUGAAUAUAUUCUAGCUGGCGGGCCAUUGUGCAAUAGUCAGGGAGGUAUGCAAUCCAGUUUCAUAAGCAAAAACGGCUGCUCGGAGCAAGGACCAACUACUACACAGCGAUUCUUCUCACUUUUGUGCAUGCUUACAUUCCGAGUAGUGACGACGCCGGACAAGCAGUGAUACGGAUCUUUUGAGGCACAUUCGACGAGGCUGCCAGCUACAGUUUUAAAGGGGAAACGAUUCGCCACAUCCAGACAUGGGAGCGAACGUUACAACUUGAAGACAGACAAGACACACUGUUGCGGAUAUAAGGAAAAAUAGCGAACAUAGCCUACUUUAAUUGUCAUAGACCAAUACUUCUUGGAACUAUCUACCAGCUGAAUAAUACAGAAUCAAAUAAAGAAUUCCAACCACGGGUAGUUGGAGUCAAAGGGCCCCAUACUAUACAAUGAGGAUGAGGAAGUGAUUUGCUGUUUGGGGCUGCCUGUCAGGGUCUUGUUGACCCCCCCGUUCCUCCGAUGAACCCCCUCAACUCCAUGAAACCCGGUCUGCCUCCCACUCCGCACAGUGACGGUAACUUCCUGUAUGACUCUGCCUCCUGGCAACAAGGCACCAAUCAGCAGCCAGGCGCCCUCUCUGUGGUAACCACUGUCUGGGGCGUGACCAAUCCCUCGCACAGCCAGGUGUUUGGCGCGCCCAUGGGUCCGGGCGGGAACUCUGGAGGUCACAUGAUGCAGGGCAGCGGUGGCGGUGGGGGGAUGAGUCCCGGUGUGAACCACCAGUACCAGAGCUAUGGUGAUAAGGGCUACGGACAACAAGGUCUCUACGGACGCCCCAACACCGCCUAUAACCAAGCACCACCAUAUGGACAGAGUUACUCUAAUAAUGGUGGUGGUGGAGGGGGAAUGGGCCAACGCCCCCCCUCUGACUUCACCCAGGCUGCUGCCGCUGCUGUUGCCGCCGCCGCUGCCACGGCAACCGCCACUGCCACGGCAACAGUUGCCGCCAUCCAGGAGAAGCAGAACCAGGAAAUGAACUACGGCCAGAUGGGCGGAGGACCCUCCUCCUACAGUACCCAGUUCCUGUCCCACCCGGGCCCCCAGCAGGGUGGGCCCCGCGGCCCCCCGGGGAUGAGCCCCAGUGGGAUGGUCCAGUCCCGGCCUGGACAGCACCCCUCAAUGGGGGGCAUGGGGUACCCCUCGCACCCCUCCCAAGGUCAGGGCCAGAGGAUGUCCCAGCAGCACCCAGGCUACCCAGCAGGUCAACAACAGGGGCUCAAACGCCCCUACCAAUCUGAGGGUUUCCCAGGGCAGCAACAGUAUGGUUCAGGGGGCAUGUCUCCGUACCAUGGUGGCCAGCCCCUCCAGUACCCCCCCGGACCCCAGCAGCGCCCGCCCCAGUCCCCAUCAUACCACCCCAACCAGCGCAUGCCCCCCAUGGCACAGUACCAGCAAGGACCACCCAACCCGGCACAGUACUACAAGGAGCAGCAGUACAAUGGGCAGCAGGGUAACAUGCCACCAGGAGGCUACAACGCCUUCACACAGGCUGCUGUCAAUGCGCAGGGUGGCCGAGUGAUGCCGGGGUACCCCAGUUCGCCUUUGGGGGGUAACCCAACCCCUCCCAUGACUCCAGGCAGCAUGCCCCCCUACCUGUCACCCGGUGGGCCUGGACCGGACACCAAGCCCCCCUACCUCCCCCAAGGCCCUGACAUCAAGCCCCCCUACCUCCCCCAAGGCCCUGACAUCAAGCCCAACAUCAACUCCCUACAGCCCCCCACUGGUAACCCUAGCGACGACCUGCGGCUGACCUUCCCGGUGCGCGACGGCGUGGUGCUGGAGCCGUUCCGAUUGGAGCACAACCUGGCAGUCAGCAACCAUGCCUUCCAGCUGCGAGACUCUGUCUACAAAACCCUCAUGAUGAGGCCUGACCUGGAGCUGCAGUUUAAGUGUUAUCACCAUGAGGACCGGCAGAUGAACACUAACUGGCCCGCUUCCGUACAGGUACAAUCACACUUACAGGUUUCUGGUCCUUGCUUACAGGUGAGUGUGAACGCCACACCGCUCACCAUCGAGAGGGGCGACAACAAGACGUCCCACAAGCCCCUCUACCUCAAGCAGGUGUGUCAGCCGGGACGCAACACCAUCCAGAUCACCGUCACCGCUUGCUGCUGCUCCCACCUGUUUGUGUUGCAGCUGGUCCACAGACCAUCAGUACGCUCAGUUCUGCAAGGUUUAAUGAAGAAGAGAUUACUGCCCGCAGAGCACUGUGUGUCUAAGAUUAAGAGGAACUUCAAUAGUGGGACCGUCCCUGGAACCACAGGGCUGAACGGAGAGGAUGGUGUGGAGCAGACAGCCAUCAAAGUCUCUCUGAAAUGUCCCAUCACCUUCAGACGCAUCCAGCUGCCCGCACGGGGACACGACUGUAGACAUAUCCAGUGUUUUGACCUGGAGUCGUACCUGCAGUUGAACUGUGAGAGAGGGACCUGGAGAUGCCCUGUGUGCAAUAAGAGCGCUCUACUGGAGGGACUAGAAGUGGACCAGUACAUUCUGGGGAUUCUAAUUUACAUACAGAACUCGGACUAUGAGGAGAUCACCAUUGAUCCAGUGUGUGGCUGGAGGCCGGUGCCCAUUAAACCAGACAUCCACAUAAAGGAGGAAGCAGACGGGCCUGUGUUGAAGCGCUGCCGGACGGUCAGCCCCAGUCACAUGAUGAUGCCCAAUGUCAUGGAGAUGAUAGCUGCCCUGGGACCGGCCUCCUCGCCCUACCAGGGUCUACCACCUGGGGGCAGGAACACACCUGACUACAACAGCCAAGCAGGUCAAGGAUACUCCAGCCAGUCAGGCUUCUCUGAGUUCCCCAACACCCCUGGAACUCCAACCCUGAGAGACUUCACCUCCCCUGGACCACCUAACAUCUACCAGCAGGACCAGAUGUCCCACUCUGGCCGUAUGGACCCUUCCCAUAAUGCCCUGCAGCAACAACAGCAGCAGCACCAGCAGGGUGUCCACGGUAACCAGAGUAUCGGAGGCGGCGUUGGCGGACAGAUGCAGCAGCGGAACUCCAAUACCCAGAAUGCCCGGCUGCAGGCGGAGGGUUCGUUCGGCCUGGGUGGAGCGGGAGGAGGAGAGGGAGCGGAUCACACCCUGGACCUUCUCCCUGAGCUGACCAAUCCAGAUGAGCUGUUGUCCUACCUAGGUCCUCCAGAUCUACCUAGCAACAGCAACGAUGACCUGCUCUCUCUGUUCGAGAACAACUGAAGACUCACUUUCUUCCUCGUUUAGGGACAACUUCAUCCUAUUGAGAGGGGGGAGGGGACGGGACAGAGAGGGAUUCAUGUUUUUAUACCCCAUGCCUGCCCAUCCCUACCCUCUGUGGACCAGACCAACAGGAAGGUGCAGAGGGUAGUGAGAGACAGACAUGACUUUCUCUGUCUGGAAACUGUCAAGACUGUAGUGUUUUUAGACUCAUUAUAAAGCAUCCCUUUGCACUCUGGAUCCAUCAAAUAAAUGAAAAAAGAAUAAUCCAGUGAAAAAUGGGACUGCCUGCACUGGCCAGCCACUAUAACUGUAAUGUUCUUUAAAAAAUCACAAGCCGAAGGAUUUUCAACUUUUUAAAGGACCUUUUUAGAAACCAGAAAAAUUAAGUGUUAUGUUGACUUUCCAUUGUGUAUUUAUGAUUGUGGAACUUGUCAAUAAACGAGAAACAGACAGUG